AUGAGCAACAAAACGUGGCUGGACAGGCAGAGCCUUCGCACGCUUCUCCUCUACGGAGGGCUCGUGCGGCUCGUGCUGCUUAUUUACGCCGCUUUCCACGACUCCUACUGCCGAGUCAAGUACACGGAUAUCGACUACAUGAUUGUGGUUGAUGGCGCCAGGGAGCUGCUCCACGGCGGAACGCCAUUUGAUCGCACGACGUACCGUUACACGCCGCUUCUGGCGGUCCUGGUGAUCCCCGCCGUGCUGACCGCCAACCCCCUUGGGAAGGUUGUCUUUACGCUGAGCGACCUUGGCGCAGCCUACUACUGCUUUCACAUGCUCCUGCGCUUUACGACGGAGCGGAGCGCCAAGUGGAUGGUAGUUAUCUGGAUCCUCUUCAACCCCGUCGUGCUGAACGUGUCGACGCGUGGAAACAGUGACAUGCUCAUCUCUUUCAUGAGCAUGGGCGUGUUGGCGAAGUUUGCGGAGGGUCGCCACUUCACCGCAGCGGCGAUCCUCGGCUUCGCCGUACACUUUAAAAUCUAUCCUGUCAUCUACGCGCUUCCCUUGGUGCUCGGCGUGUGGGAGCGCGCGUCGCAAAAAGAUUUCUUCGGUCGUCUCGCUGACACCGCCCCCGUCGUGAUCGGCUGUGCCCUCUGCUUCACGGUCGCCUUCGCUGUUCCAACGUAUGUGUGCUACCUGAUCUACGGCCAGCAGUACCUCGACGAGGCCUUCAUCUACCACAUCCAUCGCGAGGACCACCGGCACAAUUUCUCCCCGUACUGGCUGCUCAUGUAUCUCAACAUGGGCCGCCGCAACCUUGGCGUUGGCGUCGACUACUCCGUCGGAUUGUUUGCGUUUCUGCCGCAGCUCGCGGUGCUGUGCUACGCCUCAUGGAAGCUUCGCAAGAACAUUGCCCACGCCUGCUGCGUUGAGACGAUCCUCUUCGUCGCCUUCAACAAGGUCUGCACUGUGCAGUACUUCGUGUGGUUCCUUCCGCUCCUCGCAUUCGUCUUCUGCGACCCGGCGCAGCCGAAACGGCUGACGGGUGCCACUAGUACCCCCAAGUCAGAGCGGCCGCCGCUGCUUUCCGCUGUCGCGAUCAUUCUCAUGUGGAGCCUCAUGAUUCCGCUGUGGGUGUGGACAGCAUACGGACUCGAGUUCGAGGGACAGAACCACUACGGCCGCCUCUGGAUCGUGUCAUGCGCCUUCUUCCUUGCCACAGUGGGCCUCGCCGCGUGGCUGGGGCGGGUGUGCUAUCGUAGUCGUAUAACCAUCGGCAUGAAGGACCUCCGCCCGGCGUUCAAACAGGCGUGA